UUCUUGAGGACACGUCUAUUCAACGUCCCAGUUAAGCUGUGAUAACUUCCCUCCUUGACGACAAAGAAGCUCAGCCUCGAUACUGCAUUGUGCCUUCCACGAACCCUUCAGAAAUCCUCUUCGCAUCCGUUUUCCCACACCACCGCACACACCGACAAAAUGAUCCGCUCAACGCAAAUAGCAAGAUUAGACGGUCUGAUGCUGUGCGCCUCCGUCGACGACGAGCAACAAGAAGCCGCUCUCUCCGAGGUCAAGUCUCAAAUCAAGCAGAUCCUCCGCAAGCUCACGCGCAACUCGGAACCCCAAGCCAGCAUUGAAAGCGGCGCCUACAACUUGAAUUACCUGAUAGACUCGGACAUCACGUUCCUCUGCAUAACGGAGCGCUCAUACCCGCGCAAGCUCGCCUUCACGUAUCUCGCUGACCUCGCCCGCGAGUUCACAACGACCUACCCUGUCGCCCAGCUCCACUCCCUGUCCCUGCGGCCCUACGCCUUCAUGGAGUUCGACACCUUCAUCUCCCGCACCAAGGCCACCUACUCGGACGCCCGCGCCUCCCAGAACCUCGACAAGCUCAACGACGAACUGCGCGACGUCACAAAGGUCAUGACCAAGAACAUCGAGGACUUGCUCUACCGUGGCGACUCGCUCGAGCGCAUGGGCGAGCUCAGCUCCCGCCUGCGCGACGACAGCAAGAAGUACAGGCGAGCCGCGGUGAGGAUCAACUGGGAGCUGCUGCUGAAGCAGUACGGCCCGCUCGGCGCGCUGGGGUUCAUCGUUAUCGUCUUCUUCUGGUGGCGUUUCUUCUAGUCUGUUGUUUGUGGCGGUGGCAGUAUAAAAAAGGGGGGGGGAGGAGGAGAGGGUCAACGGGACCGCCCCUCAUUGAGGACCUGUUUUGAAAGUUUUUUUUUUUCUCCAGCAGACAGGCGUUAAUUAUUGCAGUGGUCCUAUAUCUAUUUGUCUAUGUGUAUCAAACAAGUCACGAUGUGGGGCCUUCUAGAAGAGAGGCGCGGAAGUACGGGAGGUCUUCUGCAGAAUAGUGGUUAUUGGAGUCUUAAUGUGGAACAUGAUCCAACACUACCCGACUUUGGGUAUCUCUGUCGU